AACACGGCGGUGGAUAUCGAUCGUAAAUUCUAUAUGGCUCGCCCUCCACAUACGAUGUUUUAAUGAGAAACAGCGACAACCGACAAAGCGCCGUUUCUCAGCGCUGUAUUUCUCCGACAGCGGCAGGCUUGCAAUGGAUACAGGCUACGAGCACACGCGGUUAUUCUAGAUCAACAGUGAGGAGGUCGUCAAAAACACGACAGCAUGCAAGCAAGUUCUUGAAGUCCAAAUUCAUGUGAUUUUUACCAAUUCUUUGGAGAUAUGUUUUGAAUUGUUGUGCAUUCGAGUAGUGUAAUGGCUACGGGGUAAACACGAGAUGGCUCUAAAGAGUUCGGUGAAUACAUUACCGAACACUCGCAGCUGGGAACACGUACAAUCCUGUACAGGGAGGGAAUGACAUUCGUUAGGCACGGUCAAGGUAUGGUUCGGAAACAUUAUAUUGUUUUUGGUCCCUUAGACGUCACACUUUUCUAAACAAUGUCUGUACUGUAAUUCAACCUGUCUUUGAACAUUUAAAACGGCGUUUUUUCUUCAUUAAUUCUACCCUUUUCGCCUAAAACUGUUCACCUUAAAUAUUCAAAAUUGUAUUCCUUCAGAAUUUUGAUUUUAUUACGUCAUCAAAGGCGAACGUCAUGGCUUCUGUUGCCGCCUGGUUACCGUUUGCCCGGGCGUCGGCCAUCGGGUGGGUGCCCGUGGCACAGAAUCCCCUCCCCCAGCCUGUUGUGCGAGCGGAGAAUAGGAGGGGAGACGAAAAACUUACACUCAAUAUUAGUGGAAGAAAGUUUGAAACCUGGCGAACGACGGUAGAAAAAUACCCGGACACUCUACUGGGUUCCAAUGAAAAGGAAUUUUUCUUCGAUGACGACUCAAAGGAUUACUUUUUCGACCGGGAUCCUGAAUUUUUUCGACACAUACUUAACUAUUACAGAACAGGGAAAUUACAUUAUCCUAAACAUGAAUGCAUAUCUGCCUACGAUGAGGAACUCGCUUUCUUUGGGAUCAUGCCGGACCUCAUCGGAGACUGUUGCUACGAGGAUUAUAGGGACAGGCGACGGGAAAAUACGGAAAGACUUUUAGAUGAUCAAAAUUCGGAAAAUGCGGACGCGGAUCCGGCCACGAACCUCAGGGAGAGGCUAUGGAGGGCUUUCGAAAACCCCCAUGUUGGUACAGCAGCUUUGGUAUUUUAUUAUGUCACUGGCUUUUUUAUUGCUGUUUCUGUUAUGGCCAAUGUGGUCGAAACCAUACCAUGUGGCCAGAAAGCCGGAACGGACGAAAACCCAUCAUGUGGAGAACGUUUUGAAAUCGCUUUUUUCUGCUUGGACACCGCUUGUGUUAUGAUCUUUACGGCUGAGUACCUUCUACGACUUUAUGCUGCACCUGACCGCUGCAAAUUCAUGCGUAGUGUAAUGAGUGUAAUAGAUGUAGUUGCUAUUCUGCCCUAUUACAUUGGGCUGGUAAUAACAGACAACGAUGAUGUCAGUGGCGCAUUUGUGACACUUCGAGUAUUCCGAGUUUUUAGGAUCUUUAAAUUCUCUCGCCAUUCACAGGGAUUACGAAUUCUUGGAUACACUUUGAAAAGUUGUGCAAGCGAGUUAGGCUUUUUGCUUUUUUCGCUAACAAUGGCUAUAAUAAUAUUUGCAACAGUGAUGUUUUACGCGGAAAAGAAUGUGACCAACACACGGUUUACCAGUAUUCCAGCGGCGUUCUGGUACACAAUCGUUACCAUGACAACGCUAGGUUAUGGUGAUAUGGUGCCCAAGACCAUAGCCGGUAAGGUAGUAGGAGGUGUGUGCUCAUUGAGUGGAGUUCUUGUUAUCGCCUUACCUGUUCCCGUUAUCGUAUCUAACUUUAGCAGAAUCUACCAUCAAAACCAGCGAGCCGACAAACGCAAAGCACAAAAGAAAGCACGACAGGCUCGUAUCCACAUGGCUAAAAAGGCCAGUGGGGCAGCAUUCCUCCAUAGCAAGAAGCGAGCAGAGGAAGCAAGACGUGCAAGAGAAAGUGGCGUAGAGUUAGACGAUAGUAAACAGAAUAUGUUAGAGAUGCAACACCAUCAUCUACUGCAUUGUCUAGAGAAAACCACGGACCGUGAAUUCGGCGAUAUAGAACUGACAUUUAACGGAGCCCUUACGAAUAAGCCAUCGGAGACACCCCCGCCCUCCCCGGAUCCUUCAUUGGCUUCCCUGGAUCCCAAAGGGCGAAGUACUGGCUGUUGCGCUCGUAGGUUCUCAUCACAUCGGAGGUAUUUAGUAAGUAAGAAAGCAGACAAGGAUGAUCUGAAUGAUAUACAGAUUCGAAUGCCAACUAUAAAUAGAUCGUCAAGGUCGAGUUUAAAUGCUGUAGGCACGUCUACGAACAACAAACCAAACAAUACUCUAACCGUUACUACAGCCAUCGUGACCCUCCCCACUCCAAGCACUACCCCAGAGACCGAAUCAGCCCAAACCCAGAGUACCAGUGGUACUAUUUCACCCAAAUAUGGCAGUCCCAAUCCAGGACUGGCGCAGAACCCAGGAAACGUCAUAAGGAUUUCGACCUUGUGAUAACAGGCUAUGGAUAUAGGUAGAAAUAAAGAAAUGGCGUGUUGUGAUUGAGACCCCAGGUUUAUUACGUCAUGCUAUUCGAUACAUUCGCAAUUCAAGAUAAAACGUUCAUGUUUGGGGUGUAGAAUAAGCGAAUACAAGAGUAAUUGAAAAUGUUAUCUAUUUUCCAAAACUGGAAGUUAAUGAGCAAAGAGUUUUAAAGAUUCCAAAGUAAACAUCAAUGAAGUCAUUUGAAGAAAUAAGCGGAAAUUUUCCUGCUUGAAUCACUCUUCUGAGCUCUUCAAUCAAAAGCUGAAUAGGAGUUAAUCAAAGAAGACGUAGAAGAGUUCGGUACAUAAUCACGGGCAGAAUAUGCCAGUUUUUCCUGUCCUAGGCCGUAUGGUCACGACGCAAGUCACAAGUUGUUGGCCUAAAUAUCGGAAUGUUUAAAGGAUAACAGUUUCUUUCUCAAUGUGUUUCCCACUAUCCAAAUACGUAUGACGAUGGUAUGAAUAUACAUCGGUAGGUGUGAUUGUUCCUCAAAUUAGAAGAGAAAAAUUAUACUAGAGGAAUGUAAUACAAGAACAUAUGAUUCAUGCGAUACCUGAAUUCUACUUUCAAUACCAUGCUUCACAUUCUUUCAUAUCAUGUGAGACUGUUUCACUUUCAUGAGCUGUAGAUAUAGAGUUUACAUUUUUGUAUAAUCCUGUUCCAUAAUGAUCUCAUUACAUGCUUUUCUUAAACCCUUGUUUGAAUGAUAUGGAUGAACAUUCAGUUUUUUAAUCGCUAUUUUAUCAUGUUGAAUUUCUUAAUGAAUGGUAUAAUUGACUUUUUUCUCUGGGUUGAAGUUUUCUUGUCUAGUCGUGGUCGAUAUCCAGGGAGUGAUACUACUUUUAACUGUGAUUGGAUAAAAGCAUAUAAAAUAUCGUUCAAAUGUAUCCAGUCGCUGGCACCACAACUGAAUAAUGUGUGUCUCUGCUUAUUCGGCAGCAGUCCAGACUAUAUAGCUAUUAGCUCUACCGUAGCGUUUUCUUAAAAAGUAGCAUAGAUCAAUUCGUGUCUUUGUAAUGUUAUAAGCGGUUUAUGCUGAUAUAUCCUACGUAAAAUCCACCUUCCUUACUACAAUGUAAUUUGUGUUUACUAUAUAGACUCUAUUCAAUGGGUUUGAUUAAAUUGAACUAAAAUGUAUGCUAAAAAAUAUGAAAAAAAUCCUUUCCUUCAUUUUGCUGACCAAACUUCUUUAAAGGCAUUGGAACAGUCCGUAUGCUAUUUAUCACGACACAGAUCUUUCUCAUGCUUUGUUUAAUAUGUUUUACGAUCUAUUUUUAUAAUUUUCUGCACAGAAUUGAAACAAAUAGAUGUAAAGUUAAAAGACCUUUCUUAGAGUCUGGACUGCUACCUAUUGCCAUUGUAACGACCUUGGUUCGUUUCCAAAAUAUGCAUUGCAAACGGGCACCACUAGGUGAUACCCUUUAAACAGAAUGCAAGCAUAUAUUGCCCUCAACAGAAUACAAGCAUUUACAUUAAAGAUAAAUUGUGUUGAUUUCGAACCGUUUUUGGAUUGGAAAUCAGCGUCAUUUAAAUGUUUGGCGUAGGUGUCUAUAUCCUUGCGUGUAUUUGACAAUGACCAGUGUGUUUUAUCUUUAGCUACAUGCGCUCCUUGUGUACUAGUAGAUCGUAAGUUUGCCCACAAGGGAUUUAAACAUGUAAAUAACCAGAAACUAUUGAUUAUCUUCAAAUUGUUACCCUUUUUAAAUCAAACACAUUUUUCUUUUAUAUUUUUGCUUCUAUAUACAUUUAUUUAACAUUUUGUGUGAAGAUAUGAGAAAUGUACGGUUAUGCUGAAGUGAAUGAGUGAAAGAAUUAGGGAAAAGUAUGAUUGUUUAUCAUGCAUACGGUCAAUGGGUAGCCUUUGUUAGGGUUAUCCAUUUCCUGGCUGUGACUUUUUAUCUAUUUUUUUAAUGCAAAUAUUGCUUACGGAGUGUGCACACACGCGGAUGUGAGUUCACCAUUGCUGGCAUUUCUUUAUCUAAUAAGAGAAUAAGAGAUCUAUUGUUACAUUGACAUCAUUCGGAAUCUAAACGGACGGAGUAGUUAUUAAGACGUACACGAAAUUCAAUGACGUCAUAUUUGGAUAAAAACUUUUAACUCAAUAGUUAUGUAAUAACACAUAGGAACUGAUAAUACAGUACUAUAUAAUAAAUGGCAUCGGCAUAAAUUUCGACGACGUUUCAGACAACCGCUUGUGUGUAUUUUAAUGUGACGUUGACCACAUACACACAAUAUGAUGACGUCACUGAACGUUUUCGGACAUUUCGUUUUUGAGGUUAUUCGUCGAUGUUAGCCGCUUGCGUAGAUAAUUGGUAUAGAGUAGGGUUGAAUCCGAACUCCGGUACUAUCAGAUUAGAUAUUUCAAAUUUAUUGUCGUAGUGAAAUCCGACAGAAAUACUUUUUUACAGCAUGAUAGAAUGUCUUUGUGAAAUCUCCCGCUGUGUUCGUCAUCAUAGGAUAGUUUUGUCUUCUCUCUAACGACGUCAAAAGAUACUACCUCUUAACAUGAGUUUGUGCACUGAAUACUCGAAUAAUACAUUUCCAGAUUGAGCCGCCAGCUGGGUGUUUUUUAAUCGUGCAUGCAUCAUUUUACCAUACCGCCACACCAAAAGUCAUUUUGUCGCUUUUAAUUUGUUUUAGCCAAACUGGCCUGAAGUUCUCUCUCCGAGCUAAGCCUAGGACACAGAUUUCGCCGAUUCAUCUUUUUUAUUAAUUGGUUUUAUUCUCAGAAACAAUUUGGCGUGAUAUUCUAUUUCAAAACAAUGUUGAUGGAAGGGAUACAAAUGAAAGGAGUGGUGUGGAUUUUUACGACAUUUCAAACGUCAUAUUUUUACUAUCUACAAAUGCAAGAGCGUACUUUUUAGCGAAGCUAUACAUAAAUGUGCAAAAAGCUUAUAUAUGACGUUAUAUUUGUUGAAAGAGGGGCCAUUGGAUCCAAGAUUCCACUUCAUCCAGUGGUCUUUGUAACACUAACCAUAACAGCUAUUGGUUUUAUUUCGGAAAUCUCAGUUUUGGAGCUUGGAUUUUUCUUAGUCAGGUCCAUUUUCUUUGUUUCUUAACAAUGUCAUACAUACUGAAAUUUCAGAGAUUAUUUUGCCAAAAAUGUGUUUUACCUUUCUCGUCUAGGGGACGGAGACGAAUUCUGAACUUUAUUAGUUAUGAGAAUUGUCUUGUAUAUAAUACAAUCCUGUUCGAAGAUGAAAAUACUAUUGAUAUAAUUGUUUUCUCUAAUCAAUAAGAAAAAUAGGGCAACUGAUUGUUCAACAAUUAUCAACUCUUUUGCUAAUAUCUCAUUAAAGAACAAAAACACUGAGGAAAUGAGGAAAGUAGCAUAUUCCUUUAACAGAUAUAGUGUUAUUGAAUGUCCCUCCAGUCUCAGUAUCUUAAAUGCGGAUAUUUAUGCUAGGGACGUGUUAAGUAGUCUCACACCUAACUUGAGAGUUGAACUCUCGCCGCAUAGGGUUCACGUCUCGCUAUGAAGAAUUGUACUCGCGCCGUGCGGAGUUUGCCUCUCGCUAUACAGAGUUGAAUUCGUGCUGCACGGAGUUCGCCUCUCGCUAUACAGAGUUGAAUUCGUGCUGCACGGAGUUCGCCUCUCGCUAUACAGAGUUGAAUUCGUGCUGCACGGAGUUCGCCUCUCGCUAUACAGAGUUGAAUUCGUGCUGCACGGAGUUCGCAUCUCGCUAUACAGAGUUGAAUUCGUGCUGCACUGAGUUCGUCUCUCGCUAUACAGAGUUGAAUUCGUGCUGCACGGAGUUCGUCUCUCGCUAUACAGAGUUGAAUUCGUGCUGCACGGAGUUCGUCUCUCGCUAUACAGAGUUGAAUUCGUGCUGCACGGAGUUCGUCUCUCGCUAUACAGAGUUGAAUUCGUGCUGCACUGAGUUCGUCUCUCGCUAUACAGAGUUGAAUUCGCGUGGCACUGAUUUCCUCACUCGCUAUACAUAUUAAAGUUCUCUCUCUGUGGAGUUUAACUCUCGCUGUUUUAGAGUUGAAGAGUUCUAUGACUUUCGGGGUUAAACAACCUGAUGCAUAUUGUGAUAGUCUUACUAAAUAAAACGUGAUAUUGUACAAAAUAGAAACAAACCAAUGUUUAUGUAAACAUAAGAAUAAUACAUAUCCUACCCUCUGUUUGUUAUGACUUGUUGUGAUGAUAAUAAAGACAGGUCAGAGGGAGGUAUCGAGCAAUACAAUAGCUGUAUUAUAAAGACAAUUAUUUAUCUUCCUUAAGGACAAUUGACUGAAAUCACAUUUGAUAUUAUAACGAUUCUUUGGGGCGUUACUCGAAUGUAAAUAAAACGUUAGGAGAAUAAAGCAAAAUAAGAUCAAAAUAUUUUCACUUCUAAAUCCAAAUUUUAAAACAGACAAAUAUAAUGAUAUUUCUACUGAUGUAAAAGCCUAUUCAAAAUUAAUUCAAUGUCAAUUUUGUAUGAAAGAUCAUGCAGGACAUACAAUAGAAAGUAAUACUCGAUUUAUUGUAACAACGGUGUUAUAUAUGAUAUUAUAUAUCUUGUUUAUCAUAUAAAAUAAUAUGAUGAGUUCAGUAUCAAAUAGAUGAUAUAUUAUAUAGUUCUUGAGAUUAUACUUCUUGAGUAAAUGUUAAGAUGAUAUGUUAUAUAAUACAAAUGGACAACAAAUAUGUAAGUAUGUACAUCAUAGUGUUAUACAUGCUAUGAGCAAAAUAUCAUUCACACUGAAAAGAUGUUAGAGUGUAUAUCCAAAAUCAGUCAAUGGAGAGUAAUAGCGCUGUACAAAUUCAAUCUGAAGUUUAUCAGCUAUCACAAAGAUGUCACUUCAUUACUGUUAAAUUGUAUUCCAUAUGUUUAUGAAUUAAACCUUUGCUCAUAGAAAAUGACCUGUUGAAAAUGUAGUUUUAGUAUUUAAAUGAACAGGAAAAGUUCGUUUCCAAAAAUUCACUGGCACUAGAAGUUUCUGAGGCAGCUUAGACUAGAACUGCAUUGGUUUUGAUAACCUGAUUAGAAGUUGUAGAAUAGUUUUUGGGAAGUUUAGUAAGAGUAAAUACAAGGAACUUAGCACAAAUUCCCAACCCUCGGUCUAAGCACAACCUGUAUUAUAAUACAUUUAAAUGGACUGUGGGAUGGGAAUUUCUGCCAAGACGCCUGUAAGUUGAAAAAAAACUUACGUAUGCCAAAACGUUACCUAAUAUGUAGUCCUAUUGAUAUUUCGUCACGCUCAGAUGCUCACGAAAACAAUAUAGCCACAACCAGAUUUACUGUAAUGUCAUAAUGUAAGGUUUCAUGCCACUAUUCUUUAAUAUGAACACUUAAGGCUGUAUGCUACCUCAGUGUGAUAUGAACACUUAAGGAUGCAUGCUACGUGUGCUGCCUUACUAUCACAUCCACUUCUUUUCAAAAGAGUUCCACACCAAUAGGUUUAGUGUCGGUUCAGCAAAUAAGACAAUGUGAGAUGUGCUACUGAUAUAUAUAUGUAUUUAUUAGUUAGACUACAUAUGUGUUUUAGUGAUAAAUACGAUUAUCAAACCAGCUUAAGGGAGAUAACUCUAAGGUAACUUACAGUUUGAUGACAUCUCCUUUAAUAUCUUUUCUUCGUCUAUAGACUAGAUUGCCCCUUUUUGACUCUCAUUUUUAUUGGUGUUAAUAAACCAUUAUAGUCGUAUCUGAAACAAUGAAAUAUUAACUAAAUGAGAAUAUGAAAUGUAAAUAAAACGGGACACAUUUCACGAAUAAUCAGACAUAUACACCCACGUAUGUCAAAUCGGACAAAAACUGGUUUGGACUACUUCAGUGAUGAAAAUAAAUGUACUGCUUUUUACUCUGGGAUUUUGCUAUAUGUGACCUAAAUGAAGUUAAAAUUCUGAGUUCAAUAACAGAUAUUUAAGACCAGUGUUCAGGUUAACAAAUCAUUUAGAUACAACAAACUCCUAUUUUUACGUUCUGUUUACAAUUCUGCUGGAUUUAUUCUUAAUGUAACAAAUCUUAAUAAACGUUUAGUGUAAUCAACUUUUUCGAUUAACGCUCUGUUUACAACUCCUGGGUUAAUUGUUAGAAUAGCAUUUUAUCUUUCGGAUUAUUCUAUAUAUAUAUACAUAUAUAAUUAAUCGUCAAGAUGAAUAUUUGACGUAAUAAAUAUUUUGAAUUAACGCUGUGUUAAUAGUAUUACUCACUAAAGUUUAACGUACACAUCUGCUGAAUUAAGGUUUAGUAUAAGAAAAGCAUGGGUUACCGUUUAGUGAAACAAAACUUCUAGAUUGUAACUUUUAGUAUGACAUUACAUUUACAUGGUAAUUAAGGAACAUUUACCGUAUGUAGAGAUCAAGUAACAUACACAAGCAUGUAUAAUGAAUGUUACACAAGUGUUAAUAGAAGGACAGUUACACAUAAGAAUGUGUAUGAGGACGUCAUACACAUGUAUGUAUGAAAAGGCAAUUCACACAUAUGGAUAUAAAGGUAAAUUUAUCUUCUAGUAACAUUAUCGUAAAUCUGAUACACAUAUGGGUAUAAAGGUAAAUUUAUCUUCCAGUAAUAUUAUAGUAUAUCUGAUACACAUAUGGGUAUAAAGGUAAAUUUAUCUUCCAGUAAUAUUAUAGUAUAUCUGAUACACAUAUGGGUAUAAAGGUAAAUUUAUCUUCUAGUAA